UGGAAGGGGGUACAUACUGAUACAGGAGAAGAGACCCAGAGACAGCUGAGACGGGGAGCCAGGUCUCGUCUCGGGGCUCCGGACAGAGGCAGCAGAGACCCGAGCCUGCCCGCAGCCCCUCUGACCACCCCCUCCCCCCCACCCCCCGAGGGAGCUAAAGGUCCCGGAGCAGCGACCACACCUGAACCUCAGCUGCUCACGAGGUCCGCCAUGGGGAAGCAGAACAGCAAACUGGCCCCCGAGAUGCUGGACGACCUGGUGAGAAGCACGGAGUUCAGCGAGCACGAGCUGAAGCAGUGGUACAAAGGCUUCCUGAAGGACUGCCCCACAGGCAUCCUCAACCUGGAUGAGUUCCAGCAGCUUUACAUUAAGUUCUUCCCGUACGGCGACGCCUCCAAGUUUGCCCAGCACGCCUUCCGCACUUUCGACAAGAACGGGGACGGCACCAUCGACUUCCGGGAGUUCAUCUGCGCCCUCAGCGUCACCUCUCGGGGCAGCUUCGAGCAAAAGCUCAACUGGGCCUUCGAGAUGUAUGACCUGGAUGGGGACGGCAAGAUCACCCGCCUGGAGAUGCUGGAGAUCAUCGAGGCCAUUUAUAAGAUGGUGGGCACGGUCAUCAUGAUGCGGAUGAACCAGGAUGGACUGACCCCCCAGCAACGCGUGGACAAGAUCUUCACCAAGAUGGAUAAGGACCGGGAUGACCAGAUCACCCUGGAGGAGUUCAAGGAGGCGGCCAAGAGCGACCCCUCCAUCGUCCUCCUGCUCCAGUGCGACAUGCAGAAAUAGAGGCCCCGGGGGUCCCUCCCCGGACCAGGCCCUGCUCCCUCCCCGUCCUCCCUGACCCCUUGGUGUUUCCCCGACCGUUCCCCUCCCCGCACUCUCAGGCCCGGGCUGGGGGGCAGGUGAGGGUGUGGAGGGCCAGGGUCUCCCCGUGGACCAGGCAGAUCCUCCCCCUUGGUCACUUUCGAAUCUUCCUGAAGCCUCGUGCCGCCCUCGCCCCUCCUCGGUCCCGGGCCUAGAAGUAUCGCCCGAGAAUGGCCGACCUCCCUGGCCCCUGGCCUCCGGGGGCCCAGGUCAACGUUUGCCCAGAUGUGCCCACGGCAGGGCCGCCUGAAGUUCACGUGAAAUCGCCCUCUCGCCUCCCUCACCCCGGCGCCACUGCCCUGGCUCCUCGGCCUCCCAGUGACUGCCCCCCGCCCGGAGCGCGGCCUGGACCGUGGCCUGGACCGGUCUUCCGCCCCAGCUUUGUUUUCCCCCUAUGCCGGGUGAGGGGACCAGGAGGGGCAGAGAGAGCCGCGGGGAGCCGCUGCCCAGGAGAGCUGGUGGGGAGGGGCUCGGACCAACUGCCCAGGAGAGCCGGCGGCGAGGGGCUCGUGCUUUGACUGAUGUUGCUGUUCUCGGGGAAGGGCCCUCUGUGUCCACAAAUGCACAUUCAUUUUGAUUUUAAUGUUUUCAGGUGAUUAAACUGCAUGGGAACUGA